CCGCCAUGCAGCCGCCCCCGGGAGCCUCCCGGUGCUGAGGACCUCGGGGAAGUCUCCGGAGCAGCACCGCAGGAGCCAGUGAGGACAGCACCGGGCAGCGGGUCCCUGUGGGCCCCAUGCUCUGCAGCCCUGCACCCCGCGCCUGAGAGCCCCCCACCCUGCGGAGACCCCCCCUCGCCAUGGCCAGCAACAGCAGCUCCUGCCCCACUCCUGGAGGGGGGCACCUCAAUGGCUACCCCGUGCCCCCCUACGCCUUCUUCUUCCCCCACAUGCUGGGGGGGCUCUCACCGCCCAGCACACUUGCUGGUAUCCAGCACCAGCUGCCCGUCAGUGGAUACAGCACCCCCUCUCCUGCCACCGUGGAGACGCAGAGCACCAGCUCGGAGGAGAUCGUGCCCAGCCCACCCUCACCCCCUCCCCUGCCCCGCAUCUACAAACCCUGCUUCGUCUGCCAGGACAAGUCCUCUGGGUACCACUAUGGGGUGAGCGCCUGCGAGGGCUGCAAGGGCUUCUUCCGCCGCAGCAUCCAGAAGAACAUGGUGUACACGUGUCACCGGGACAAGAACUGCAUCAUCAACAAGGUGACGCGCAACCGGUGCCAGUACUGCCGCCUCCAGAAGUGCUUCGAAGUCGGCAUGUCCAAGGAGUCCGUCCGCAAUGACCGGAACAAGAAGAAGAAGGAUGUGCCCAAGCCGGAGUGCUCGGAGAGCUACACCAUCACACCCGAGGUGGAGGAGCUGGUGGAGAAGGUGCGCAAAGCCCACCAGGACACGUUCCCUGCGCUCUGCCAGCUCGGCAAAUACACUACGAACAACAGCUCGGAGCAGAGGGUGUCCCUGGACAUCGACCUGUGGGACAAGUUCAGUGAGUUGUCCACCAAGUGCAUCAUCAAGACGGUGGAGUUUGCCAAGCAGCUCCCCGGCUUCACCACGCUCACCAUCGCCGACCAGAUCACCCUCCUCAAAGCCGCCUGCCUCGAUAUCCUGAUCCUGCGGAUCUGCACGCGCUACACCCCGGAGCAGGACACCAUGACCUUCUCGGAUGGGCUGACCCUGAACCGCACCCAGAUGCACAACGCUGGGUUCGGGCCCCUCACGGACCUGGUGUUCGCCUUCGCCAACCAGCUGCUGCCACUGGAGAUGGACGACGCCGAGACGGGACUGCUCAGCGCCAUCUGCCUCAUCUGCGGAGACCGCCAGGACCUGGAGCAGCCUGAGAGGGUGGACAAGCUGCAGGAGCCGCUGCUGGAGGCGCUCAAGGUGUACGUGAGGAAGAGGAGGCCCAACAGGCCCCACAUGUUCCCCAAGAUGCUCAUGAAGAUCACGGAUCUCCGCAGCAUCAGCGCCAAGGGUGCCGAGCGGGUGAUCACACUCAAGAUGGAGAUCCCGGGAUCGAUGCCGCCGCUCAUCCAGGAGAUGCUGGAGAACUCGGAGGGCAUGGACACGCUGGGGGGGCAGUCGGGCGGCCCCCGCACAGGCAGCCUGGGCCCCCCCCCGGGCAGCUGCAGCCCCAGCCUCUCGCCCAGCUCCAACCGCAGCAGUCCGGCCACGCAGUCACCGUGACCUGCGCCCGGCGCGCACCAGGACAGAGCCCGGCACCGCCGGCAUGCAGCGAGGGGGGGGCGCACCCGGCACCGCAGCCACAGCCCCCCCAUUGCCCGGGGUGGACUCCUUGGGGAGCCCCCGGUCUCCCCCCCCCCCGGCCCCGGGCACAGCGCGUUGGUUGAGUCACAUUUCAGGGGCGCGGGGACCCGUGGGGACCCCCCCCCGGCCCCACCAGCACCAGCACCCAUGGGAUCGCGACCACCGAGGCACCAAUCCCCCCCCCCCCCAGCCCUCCCAGCCCAAUCCCAGCCAUGUGCGGGGGGGGGGACGGGACCCAGGCAGACCCCGCCCGCCGAGGAAGCAGAGUCAUUUAAAAGAGAAGAGAAAGCAAAGUAUAUAUAUAUAAAUAUCUAUAAAUAUCUAUAAAUACGUUUUAAAACCUU